AUGUCGAUUCGAAGAACUUCCGUAACUAGUCUUCUACCAUCAGAUCACUUUUUUGGCUUUUCACUGUAUAUUUGCAUUUAUUUCUGCCCUUCUCUUCGUAUUUUACGCGAAGACGACGAUGUCUUCGAAUUGUCUAGUGGACUAAGUAGUCAGGGGACCACCACAUAUGCGCCUGUACAUCUUGAAUGCGUCACUCAACCUGCUUUCUUUGGCUUGACCGGUGGCCCAGGUGGCAUGCGAGUUUGCACACAGAUAGCCAAUAACUGUCCGACUAGUGCGGUUUUCUCAAAUUGUUUUCAACUCUCAGAUAAGAAAACCGGAGUCUCUUCAGAUCUCUGCAUAGAUGAGGAUGAAUCCAUCGAAGACUGCCACAGAUUCCAUCAAGCAAUAGCUGAUAAAGCAAAUGUCAAGAUGCGCUCUUUCGGCUUGCCACCUGUUCUUAUCCGAGGGGAAACACUAACCCUCUACCUUGGAAUUUCUGAUGAACGGUAUGUAUUCACUCAUCCUUAUUUUUUCAACGAUUGA